AUGUGCGGUGUGGUGCGGUGUGGUGUGGUGUGGUUCUCAGGAAAGUCGCUCUCCACUACUUCCUUGAGAGGGUCUCUCACAAUCCCUUCCAUUGUCUCUGCCUCCUCCCCAGUGACUUCCGUUGUCUCACCAUGCCUUCCUUUGUCAAUUCAAAAGCCAUCCCUCCCACCAUCCACCCCUCCCGCCAUCCCUCCCACCAUCCACCCCUCCACCAUCCCUCCCACCAUCCCUCCCCUCCCACCACGCCUCCCACCAUCCCAUAACCCCAGAGACUUCGCCCGAAACAUGUUCCGUGGCACCAUCCCUUCAUUCUUCGCCACCCUCACCAAACUCGACGUGCUUGAGUUCAACGAGAGCGGAACGGUGUGCUCAGGAGCCAGGCAGCCGUGUGUGGUGUGGCAGACCCCCUCCAUCCCUCUCCCCAUCUCACCCUGUCCUUCCCUGCCUCGGUUACUCAGUGAGCUCAACGAGAGCGGAACGGUGUGCUCAGGGGCCGGGCAGCCAGGGCUCAACGAGAGUGGCAUGGUGUGCCCAGGAGCAGGCCAGCCGUGCGUUGUGUACCAGACCCCCUCCUCGCACUUCUGCAUCAACUGCCCCGACUUCUGCUCCUCCUGCUCCAACAGCUCUGCCCCUUCCUCUGGCUCCCCUGCUGCUAGCCCCUCCCCUCCUCCGCCUGCCAAUAGCACUCCUCCUCUUCCCCCCACAGAUACAUCUUCCUCCUCCUCCUCGUCCGCCCUGCCUCUAGGGGCGAUCAUUGGCAUUGCUGUUGGAGGCGUACUCGUUUUUGUCCUCCUCGUUAUUGGCCUGUUUCUGCUCUGGAAGCGAAGGUCCCCCCAAGCACGUGAGCCAUCAAGCCUCCCCACAGGCGUUGGAGAAUCAUCGGUGCCAACCCAAUCACUCAUGUGCCAGCGAUACCCCUUAGAAGUGGUAGUCAAGGCAACGGACAACUGGGCAGAGGCAAACCAUAUUGGGUCAGGGGGGCAUGGCGAGGUGUAUCGUGGGGUGUGUCUGGAAGAUCCCUCGGUUGUGUGGGCUGUGAAACGCGCCAAGAUACUCACGAAUGACUUCAAAAGAGAGGUGGAGGAGAUGGCAUCAAAGAGCCAUCUGCACUUGGUGCGGCUGCUGGGGUACUGUGUGGACAUUGACAGGGCAACAGACCACCACGAGCAGAUCGUCAUCUAUGAGUUUUGCCCAAACGGAGACCUUGAGAAGUACCUUACUAGAGGAUCCAAAAAGGGCAAGUUGACGCUGCAGCAGCGCAUGGAUGUGCUGGUGGGGGUGGCGCGGGGGUUGGAGUACCUCCACCAAUUUGACAUCGUGCAUCGAGACAUCAAGCCCGCCAACGUGCUGCUUGAUGCUAACAUGCAGGCAAAAAUAUCAGACUUUGGGUUGGUGCGCAUGACAGAGGGCACCACAGUGAAUCCCACAAGAGUGGUCGGCACUCCGGCUGCUGUCUCUACUAGUGCUUGUCCCAUUCAUUGCUUCACCCACCUUGCCACUGCUGUUGCCACUCUUAUUCCCGCUGGUCCUGCCAAAGCAUGUGAGCUCGUGGGAGUGGUGGAGUUGGCCUUGCACCUGCUGGAUAGUGCUUGCAGAGAAGGAGAGGUGAUGGAAGGCGAUGGUGGGCAGGGAAGAAAGGGAAGGCAUGGCAGGCAGGGAGGAUGA